GGAGCGCCACGGUUGCCAUAGCGAUCACUUCCUGGUCCACGUCGCGGAGCGAUGGCGGCCUCGGAAGCGGCGGCGGCGACGGGGGGCGGCGGGGCGGACGUGGAGGAGGCGAGCCUGCUGGCCUGGCUGUUCCGUGCGUCGCCCUCGGCGGUGCCGGCGGGGGACGCGGAGCUGCCGGCCUACCUGGCGGCGCUGUCGGGGCUGGGCCUGGAGGCGCUGCGGCGGGAGCCCGGGCGGCUGGAGGAGGAGCGGGCGCAGCUGGGGGCGCAGACGCGGGCUUUGGCCUUCGCGCACUACAAGACCUUCAUCCGGUCGGCCGAGUGCACCGCCGAGACGCGCCGCGGCUUCGGCGGCAUCGAGCAAGGCCUGGGCCGCUUGCUGGACCGCCUGCCGUCCUUCGCCGAGGCCUGCCGGGGCUUCAUGCGCGACGCCGAGCGGAUCGCGCAGAGCCGCCGGAUGAACAACGUGACGCUGAACCGCCACACGGAGGUCCUGGAGGUGCUGGAGAUCCCGCAGCUGAUGGACACCUGCGUCCGCAACAGCUACUACGAGGAGGCGCUGGAGCUCGUAUCCUACGUCCGCCGCCUGGAGAAGAAGCACACCGGCAUCCCCGUAAUCCAGGGUAUAGUGGCUGAGGUGCGCCAGUCCACGCAGCUCAUGCUGAACCAACUGAUCCAGCAGUUACGCACGAACAUCCAGCUGCCUGCUUGCUUGCGAGUCAUUGGCUACCUGCGCUGCAUGGAUGUGUUCACGGAGGCUGAACUGCGCAUCACUUUCCUGCAGGCAAGAGACUUCUGGCUCCACUCCAUCCUUGCAGCUGUGCCUGACGAUGACCCCUACACGCACAUCACAAAAACUAUAGAGGCCUGCCGUGUGCAUCUCUUUGACAUUGUCACACAGUACCGUGCCAUAUUUGCAGAUGAAGAGCCACUGGUGCUGCCCCUGGGGAAGGACACCCUCAAUGAGAGUGCCCUCUUCCAUGGGUGGGUGCUGCAGAAAGUCUCACAGUUUCUUCUGGUUCUUGAGCGAGACCUACAGCGUGGUGUGGGCAACCGCCUUGACUCUUUGCUGGGCCAGUGCAUGUACUUUGGCCUGUCCUUCAGCCGGGUAGGCGCAGACUUCCGGGGCCAGCUUGUUCCUAUUUUUCAGCACGUGGUGCUCCUUGCCUUCAAGAAAGCUAUGCAGGAGGCUGUAGAGCAAUUCCAGGAAGAAAUGAACUCCUACACGUUGAUCUCUGCACCAGCCCUCCUGGGCAGUGCAGUCUCUGUGGCGAUGCCUUCUGCCCAGCCGGGCACCUUGCAGCCCCCCCUGGUGCUACUAGACUUUCCCCCCCUGGCCCACUUCCUCAACAACAUCCUGGUGGCCUUCAACGAUUUGCGUCUCUGCUGUCCUGUUGCUCUUGCCCCAGAUGUGGCAGCUCUCCUGGAGGACACGCUCAGCCAGAGUGUAAAGAUUAUUCUGGCUUUCCACCGGGCAGAGGCGGCAGCAUUCAGCAGCCAAGAGCAGGAGCUGUUCGUUCGGUUCUGCACAGCAUUCCUGGAAGACUUGGUGCCGUACCUCAACCGCUGUCUCCAGCUCCUCUUCGCUCCAGCCCAGAUUGCACAGAUUCUGGGCGUUCCUGCUGCUCAGGUCCGUAAACACGGAGGCCUCAGCUGCGUGGAUGAGGUGGUGAUCCAGGAGCUUCUGGGCUCGGUCCUCCCUGAGAAAGAGACUGUUCUCUCUCCAGCCGAGGAGAAGGGGACAGCCCGAGAACGCCCGCAACUUCCCCUGGACUUGGGGCUCCCUGGCUCAGAGCAGGAAGCAGGUCCCAGCCCUGCCGUCUCUGCCCCUCAAGCUGCAGAGAAGAGCCCCCUUUCUGAGGAUGCACAGCCAUUCAGUGGGGUUCCCGCAACAGGAUAGCCUGGGGGGGUCACCCACUGAGGAGCAUCUGCAGGCAUCCCCCCUCCCCCACAGCCACGGCAAGGGCAGCGCUUGGCUGCUGGUGCUGCUGCUGUGUGGAGAAAGAUGGCAUGGCUGCCUUGGCCAAGCAGGGUGCGGAUGUGAGGAUGAGAACUGCGAGAAUAA